UUGCCCGCAAGCGUUUCAUGUGCCUUGAAAGAAAGCUACAGGCUUCACCUAAAUUAAGGUUGGCAUAUGAUGACGUCAUAAAAGAUUAUCUAACGAAAAAUUAUAUUUCACCCGCGCCUCCGUAUGAUCCGCGUGACCCUACACCUAUUUAUAUUAUACCGCAUCACGCUGUUCUGCGCGAGGAUAAAUCGUCGACUAAGCUGCGCAUGGUUUUAGAUGCUAGCAUGCCAACUUCUGGAAGCCAGCGUUCAUUGAAUGACCUUCUGCAUGUUGGGCCGAAUUUACAAGGCAAUUUGUUUACAAUAAUUUUAGGUUUUCGUCUCCACGCGAUUGCCAUGACCGCCGAUUGCCGCCAACAAUUUCUGCAGAUAUUCGUGCGUGAGUUUGAUCGUCGUUUUCAAUGUUUUUUAUAUCGUUUCAGCCCGCAGGAUCCGCUACUUCUUUAUCAAUUUAAUCGAGUUUGCUUCGGCAUCAAGUCUAGUCCUUAUCAUGCACUGCGCACGGUAAGACAGCUCGUAGAAGAUGACGGCGCGAAAUAUCCGCUCGCGAGUAGCAUUGCGUCUUCCUCGUUGUAUAUGGAUGAUAUCGCCUUCUCUAUUCCCACGGAAUGUGAAGCAGUUUCCGCGUCGCAGCAGCUCAUCGAUUUGUUUAAGGGAGCUCAGUGGGAUCUAGUUAAAUGGAAUAGUAAUAGUAAAAAUGUGUUAGAUAAUCUUCCCGCUUCGCACAAACUUUUACCCUCCGCGGUAGAGUUUGAUAAGACCGUGCAACAUAAAUUACUUGGUCUGCAUUGGUCUACUGUUGAUGAUUGUUUUUAUUUUAAAAUUACCGCACCCGCCGAUGUGAUGUGCACUAAGCGCUCCAUCUUGUCAACUAUCGCCCGUCUGUGGGACAUAAUGGGCUUCGUUGCUCCCACAGUCGUGUAUGCCAAACUGUUAAUAAAACAACUUUGGCAACUUAAUCUUGAUUGGGAUGAUUCUCCGCCUCCACACGUUAUUAAAAUGUGGAAACAGUUCUGUGAUGAAUUACCAGCUCUUAAUGAUAUUCGCAUACCACGUCAUAUAGGUUUUACUUGUGAUUGUAUUCUCACUCUUAUGGCUUUCUCUGACGCUAGUGAACUUGCCUACGGAGCAGUCGUGUACGCUCAUGUCAGCACUGUCUCUGGUAACGUCAUUCGUCUUAUUUGUUCUAAAUCUAAAGUCGCUCCAUCUAAACCGCUAACAAUCGCUCGCUUAGAACUUUGUGGUGCACUCCUAAUGUCAAAGCUGCUUCGCACUGUCCUUGACAGUUAUUCACAACACUACAAAAUUAAUGCAUACGCAUUUACCGACUCUAAAGUCGCGCUCUAUUGGAUUAAAGGUUCGCCGCACCAGUGGCAGACGUUUGUCGCAAACCGCGUUGUGAAGAUCACAGAUAACAUCCCAUCAGAUAAUUUCUACCAUGUUUCUGGUAUUGAAAAUACCGCUGACGUUCUUUCGCGUGGCAUUACGCCACUAAAUCUCGUCUCGCACCCUCUGUGGUUCCAAGGACCCCAGUGGGCUCGUUCGGACCCAUCUGAUUGGCCUCUUAGGAGUCUCGAUGGCCUUCAACCGCUUGAAGCCUUUUAUUCGCAACAGACUAAUCCUCAUCGGACGUCUAAGCGAUACCGCCCUGGAAUAUGCACAUAA